AUGGACAACUUCAUCUUGGCCUCAAUGGCAUAUGACCGCUAUGUAGCCAUCUGCCGCCCGCUACAUUACACCACAAUAAUGAGUUACAGAUGUUGCCUGCUGUUGGCCUCCGGAUCUUGGCUCCUGGCAUAUAUCCAUUCUCUGCUAUAUGUUCUUUUGCUUUCAGAGUUUUCUUUUUGUGCUUCCCGGGAAGUAACACAUUUCUUUUGCGACCUCGACCCUUUACUCAAGCUCUCUUGCUCAGAUACCUCCUCUGUUGAAAUAAUGCUUGUCAGUGAGGGUACCACUGCUCUUCUUGGACCCCUAGUGCUCAUCCUCUUCUCCUACAUCUUCAUCAUCAGCAAGAUUUUGAGGGUCCCAUCAGCCUCAGGAAAGUACAAGGCCUUCUCCACCUGCAGUGCCCACCUCACCACUGUCUCCUUGUUCUAUGGAUCUCUGAUAGGCACCUACAUCUGUCCCUCAUCCACCAACUCUGGCUCCAGGUUGAGAGUGGCCUCGAUCAUCUACACUGUUGUCACCCCCAUGCUUAAUCCUUUCAUAUAUAGCCUAAGGAACAAUGAGAUACAGAACGCCAUGAGGAGGUUACUGAGAUUUUUUUUCAACAAGGGAAAUUCAGGGCACAGGGGGUGGAGAGAAACAGAGAUUUUCUCAUAA